AUGCAGAACUCGAAUCCGACGCUGCUGAGCGCGGCAGACUUGCCCAGUCGCCAGUCGGCCAGCAAGCCCGUCGGCGGCAGCAUCUUCGACCAGCCGCUCGCGCUGCCAGAUCCCUUCGAGGCCUCAGAGUCCGACAGCGACGGCGAGCUCAUGGAAGAGCCCAUCGACGAGCAGGAGAUAUUCGAUUUGAUUGCGACGAUAUCUGAUCCUGAGCAUCCGAUCCCCCUCGGCGAGCUGGCCGUCGUCUCUCUCCGCGACAUCUCGAUAACGGCAGCGCUGCCUCGCAGUCCAGCAUCCCCGCUGCGCAAGGUUACGGUGCUCAUCACUCCCACCAUCACGCACUGCAGUCUCGCGACAGUGAUCGGGCUCGGGGUGCGGGUGCGGCUUGAACAGUCUCUGCCCCCCCGGUUCCGCGUCGACGUACGCAUCAAGGACGGCACUCACAGCACCGCCGACGAGGUCAACAAGCAGCUAGCGGACAAGGAGCGAGUCGCCGCCGCGCUAGAGAACGGGACCCUGAUGGGCGUCAUCCAGAAGAUGCUGGAGACCUGUCGAUGA